AUGAUCUCCUCGCCUCAAGAUCAUCGACCCAUCGUCAUCUCCGGUCCUUCAGGUGUCGGCAAAGGGACACUUGUUCAAAAGUUAUUCGAUAAACACCCUGGCACGUUUGGAUUCACCGUAUCCCACACGACGCGAAAACCGCGACUGGGCGAAGUGGAGGGCGUCGCUUACUUCUUCGUCUCUCUCUCCGAGUUUUCCUCCCUUUGCGCCCAAGGUGCUCUCAUGGAGCACGCAUAUUUCAGUGGCAAUUACUAUGGCACGAGCAAGCAGAGCAUUGACGAUCAAGCUAGUAAAGGGGCCCGCGGAACUGAGAACGAGGAGGACAUUCAGAAGAGGCUCACCCAGGCUCAAGUCGAACUUGAUUACGCCGACUCUCAGGGCAGUCAUGAUAAGAUCAUUGUCAACGAUAGUAUUGAAUCGGCGUAUGGGGAGCUUGAUAUGUUUGUGUUUGGAUCAACAUAG